GGGGCCAUACAGGCGCUCGUGGGGUCGGGGGAGGGGAAGGCGGCCGCGGUGACGGUUGGUCUGGCGGCAGGGACGGCGUUGGCUUUUUAUCCCCGAGCUCCUGGAGCGCCCCGAUGGAAGCGGAGCCGGGUCCGGGCCGGCGCUGCUGCUGCAAACCAGGGGGGCGGUUGGACAUGAGCCACGGCUUCGUGCACCAUAUCCGGCGGAACCAGAUCGCCCGAGAUAAUUACGACAAGAAGAUGAAGCAAGCAGCCAAGGAGAAGGUGCGGAGACGGCUCACCCCCGGCCCUACGAGACCACGAAAGCCCGACCAGCAGGUGUACUUGCCCCGACGACGAGUUGAGGCUCGGCCCAGCCGGCCUGUGGCCUCCAGUGGGAGCCGGGACUAUGAGGAAUCCAGCGAGAACAGCAGCAGUGGGAGCUCGGACCCAGAACCCCUCAGCCUGCAGCUCUUCUGCCUGGAGUACGAAGCGGACAGUGGGGAAGUCACCUCGGUCAUCGUCUAUCAGAACGACGACCCAGGAAGGGUGAGUGAGGAAGUGUCGGCCCACACGCCGCUGGACCCACCCAUGCGAGAGGCCCUCAAGAUUCGCAUCCAGGAAGAGAUGGCCAAGAGACGCAGCCAGCCCUGACCGGAGCUCACACUUUCCCGGGACUACACCGACUGUCUUGGCUUUACCGUCGGAGCUGGAGGUUUCCCCUGCUCCCUUUACCCUGGGGACUCCGGGCCCUGCCUGGCUUCCUCGCUCCGCUGCUGGGGCUCUGGAGAAGUGCCACUGCCAAGCUGGCCCCUGGCAUCUCCUUUCCUGCCACUCCUCUGCUGUUCUGCCACAGACCGCUGCUGCCUGGGAGUUACAGAAAAGGGUUUCUCUGGCCUUGGGUCUGGCUAGCUCGAAUUCCGGGGAUGUGCAGCUCCCGUGAGUGGGCACCCUGAAGAGUCCCUCUCCUUAGGGCUGGCUCCCUAAGCCCUGUGCCAAUGUGCCCGUUUGUGCGUAGGGCACCUCCUGACUAAUUCUUCCCUUUGCCAAACCCCAGGGCUUCCUGGAGCUCUUUGUUCCCGGCCGUCUGUCUCCCUCCAUGUCUCAGGUAGGACCCCAGAGCUUCCCCUGCCGUACAGCUGUUCUGUCUCCAGGCUGUGAGUUUUCUCAUUUGGACCACUGCUGGCAACAUGUGAAAGACGCCCAGGAGGAGGACCCGAGGCAAAGCCCUCACACUGCGGGGAGUCAGUGGUUUGUGCUCGGGGAGAGCCCAGAUCAGCCCGGGUGACCUGCCCUGGCUCCGCUCCGGAAGGAAGUCCUGCCGGCUUCCCUUGGGGAUUUUCCCAUCAUGCUCAGCUGAGAGGCUGGAGGAGGACAUCUGAAAGGAGACCCGACAGAGCCUCUCCCCACCCAAUCUGCUCUCCAAAGGAACAAGCAAUAACUCCCUCAUCGGAGGCCUCUUCUUUCAAAAAGAGCCCAAACUCGCCCAGAGGGGCUCCACUGCUACUCCCCGGGCUCCAGCUCCUCUCCCACCCCGUCCUCCCGCCGCUAAGGUAUAAAGUAUGCUUGAGAUUCCCAGAAUAAAGGUACCAAAGGUGCGCGCGCUUAGGUGUUGGGCCUUCUGGGUAGGAGCCCAGAGCUGAGAAGCGGGGCUCACCCCGCCUGCCCUAGCCGGAGAGGAACCUGAGAAGCCGCUGCUUCCCCGCGGAGCCCUGGAGGGCUCCCAGAAGGCUCCAGUUGGGCUUCCCACCUCGAGAGGAGGAGCCGAGCACAGACCACCUGUCAUCUGCAGCCUGGAAACAAAGGAUUGUUGUCAACCCAGAGGUGCCUUUAUAAAUGAGAAGUGGGCAGCCGGGCGGCCCAGUGGAGGGCGCCGUUGGGCCCGGAGGCAGGAAGACCCCAGUGCGAAUGUGCUAUUCGACACUAGCCGUGUGACCCUGGACGAGUCAUUAGUCCCGCUUACCUCUGUUUCUUCAUCUGUAAAACAAGCUGGAGAAGGAAACAGCGAACCAUUUCUAAUCUCUUUGCCAAGAAAACCCCAAAGGGGUCAUGACUGAACAGCAAGGUGGGAUGAGAGAGCUGUGGGGACCCGAUGAGGGGAGGCUCUAGAAGACCCGUCGCCCCUGGCCCGGAAGGCUUUGCUGCAUCAAGAACUUUCCGGUGGAAGCACAGUCGGAGAGAACCGUUUCGAUCCCACCUCGAGGAGUCACGAGACCGGCUCGGGGCCUCCUGCUCUCCCCAGGGAGCAUCAGGAAUGGUGCACCUGGGAGAGGAGAGGCUUCCCGGGCUUUGGAAGGACGAGGCCCCUGGGCGGGUCACCCCCUGGAGCUCUAUGCCCCCCCCAGCACUAAGAAUAAAGGCCUAAAAA